AUUCGCGUUAACGAUUUGUCGCUCCUAACGAAAACUACGCAAGUUGUUGCAAAAUAGCCGUAUUGCGCUUACUUAACCCAAACGUCUAGGCAUGUUUGGUAUCAGUCUAUAAUAUUUGAGUGAAAUGGUGUUGAAAGUGUCUAGGCCUGCAUCAACCUGACAAUGAGUUCGCCUAAGCUUAAUGAGAGAUGUCCGAGCAGCUUAAGCAAUGGCAAGAAACAUCUUAGCACGGAAUCUAAAGAAGACUCGCUCGAUAAUUCUAUUCGCGAGUCGAUAAAAUCAGAAAGAACUGGAACGAAGUCAGAGGAAGAUUGUAGGCGUCGUACUAUCAUUGUCGAAAAGAAAAAUGGAAGCUAUGGCUUUACGUUGCAAAGUUACGGCAUUCAUUACAAAAAGGAACAAGAGAUAGAAGUUAUAACUUAUGUGGACCACGUUGAGUUAGAUGGACCGGCAGCUGCAGCAGGAAUGCGAGAAGGUGAUGUCAUUCUCUCUAUUAACGGGACAGAUGUAGAACGCGCGGAUCAUACAACCAUAGUCACUGCCAUCAAUGGCUGUGACUCUCGCAUGCGAAUCGUUGUUAUUUUUGAAGAUUGUGUACGCAAAGUAGAACUUCACCUAAAAUAUAUUAACAUUCAACGUACUUUGCAAUCUAAGAUGCGAGAGUUUGAGCAACUCAGCGUCCGUGAGAGACAUGUUUUUGACACUAAUUGGAAAACGCACAGCUUGCCUUCUCAGAAGAAAAAGUCUUCUCCUUCAGACAUCAUCUCAGACUCCGAAGAAAAUAAUACCAAUGAAAAUAUUAAUGGUGUUUAUUGCCGGCCUACUCUAUCUAGUGAAAACGUAACUAUUGCUAAGCCGCCUCAACCAAACGUGUUCAUGUACCAAUAUUUGGACCCAAGGUAUGGUGCGUGUAUUAUACAACCAAAUUUACAUACAGGUGGUUUCGUCAUAACUGUAGGUUCACCGAGAAAUAGGCGUGAUUGUCACCAUUACGUAGUAAAGACAUCAACUGAAUGUCAUCGUGUUUCUGAAGCUUAUAAGCCAGCCAAUGGAAAACAUACAAAGACUCACAGAAAUAGUCACAGUCACGGCUGUGCACCUUGCAUGCCCGCCUACAAUAAUCAGGAUGCCAAUAGCCUUGAAGCCUACGACCUUGCUAGCCCUUGUUGUGAUCCUCACUGCGUACCUAAUUCUAGAAAGAAAGUGCGCCGUAAGAAAGAAUCUUCUAAAGAGCAUAAAAGAAAAGAAAAAUAUCAUCAAGUCGAUAAAUCUACACAGAAACCGGAUGCUUGCCCUCACACUCACUCUAAGAAAGUUUGUAGCACAGGUCAAUGUCCCAAUAGAUAUCGUUACCUCGCUACUGAAUCGACACAAACAAGUCAGUGCAGCUUACAGUCAUACGCGACGAGCAAUGCAACCGUACCAUGUGAUAAUUCAGCCUCAAGUUAUAGCACUUCACUUAGCAGUGAUACUCUCUUCUGGGACAAUGACCGUUCCGAAGCAAAAUCCUCGCCAAAAAUUCAGUAUCACAAUUCACACCAACAUGUUAAGCCGAAGUCGUGGGAUAAUUUAGCAACAAAAGCUAUCGGAGGAUAUGGUUUUGGUUACGGUUAUUUAGAUACAACUGUUAAACAUACAAAUAGAUCUAAAAGCCAUGGUCGCAGCCAUAGCGGCCGCAGUGGCCAAACUCAUCAUGAGUACCAACACCACACUCAAGAUAAACAUACACACAGGCAAAACGGAACGCCUCAUCAUUACGUUUAUGGAAGAAGCCAAAGUCAUUGUCCUCCAACUAAAUCUACAGAAAGUUUGAUUGUGGUACCUAAAUACCAAUUAGAAAGCAGUGGAUCGGAAAGUAGAUUGGCUUGCGAUUGUGGCGACUCGGUAGAAUAUUAUCGUCGCAUGGCACCUACGAAAAGCCCCGUCGAAUCUCACACAAGCUAUUACUCACAGCGUUUCGUUUAUCCCGCUCAUUCGUAUAAAAAAAAAGACCCAAACGUUAGUUCAGAAAUAACUAGAUUGUAAGAAGUUCAAACACUGGAUAUUUGCUCAAGUAAAAAUCUACAGCUUAUUCUGCAGUACGAAAUCAAUUUUCUUGAGUAAUUUGUAAGCUUUAGUCAACUUUACUCAAAUAAGGUUCACAAUUUAUAUUAAUAGUAAUAAAUGUAGUUUAAUGGAAAAUAAUAAUGCGUCAUAGUUUUGGUGAUAUUAAUGUAACGAGCACAAGAAAAGGCAAUAUUUUUUCUCAAAAUAAAACUUUACAGCGAAAAUUUUUACAUAGGUAUUUAUGUCAUGAAAUUUUUCUCAUAUUUUGUGAUUUAUAUCGCUGUAUUAAACGGCAGAUUCAACGAUCGUAGGCCCU